AUGCGUGUCGAAGGAAAGCAAACUGUUCAAGUUUUAGUUGCUCCUUGCAAAUUGGACACCAUUAAUCCUAUCGUUAAACAUGAACAAUCUCAACGAGCAGACAAUUCUAGCUUGUACAGAAAAAUAAUCGAAUUAUGUUGUAACAUUGUAGAGAAUGUUUUCAAAGAGGACGAGCCUCAGGAAGGAAGAGCAAAGCAAAGCAUUCUCUCCAAUUGUCGAGAGUAUUUAGCUACCUAUCAGGAAUCAUGUGGUACACCACGUACCGAAUAUUCCUUUGCUGCUUUGAUUGUAGUAAUGGCUCAGGCUACGGCACGAUCUUUGUUGGGACUGAUAUACAUGAUCAUUAAUGUUGUUCCUGUUAUUCAGAUGUUUUCUUUUAUAUUGAGAUUCGUGUUAGACAAAAUAAUCGAGAUACGCAGAACCAAGAAUAUUCAGCAAGUAGCUGUGAAACUCACAAUUUUCAUCAUACAAUUGCUCAGUGUGUACGUUUGCCUUAUAUUUAUACUUGGCUUUAUCGUUUUGCCAAUUGUACAAAUGGCAAUUGGUAUUGCAAUUAAAUUUGUAAUGAGCAAUUAAA